AUGGACCAGGAUCCCGCGCGCUUCCUCGGCGACGUCGCGAGGAGCCAGCAGGCCAACGCGGGCGCGAGCCAGGUAUGGGCGGAGGUCACCGCGCUCUCCCGGCUCCCGGGCAUCCUCGACCUCGGGCAGGGAUGGCCGGACUUUGGCGCGGACAUGACCGCCAGGGAGGCUGCGUCCCGGGCGCUCCUCGACGAGUCCGACCCGAGGAGUAACCAGUACUCCAUGAUCCCCGGCAGGCCCGAGCUCAUCGCCGCCAUCUCGAGGUACUACAGGGCCACCGGGAGCGCCGACGCGGUUCACGCCGACGGAGGCAACGUCCUCGUCACCAGCUCGGGAACCGAAGCGGUGUACGCGACCAUGCAGGCGACGCUCUCCCCGGGGGACGAGUGCGUGUUCCUCGAGCCGUUCUUCCCGUGGUACAUCAGCAACUGCGCCAUCUUCGGCGCCACGCCGGUGGCGGUGCGAAUGCGGGUAUCGGAGGCGACGGGGCAGUACGACGUCGACUACGAAGCGCUGGAGAGGGCGCUGGCGUCGCCCAAGUGCAAGGUGCUCAUACACAACUCGCCUCAUAACCCCACCGGCAAGGUGUUCACCCGGGAGGAGAACGAGCGCAUCGCGGCGAUGUGCGUCGAGCACGACGUCAUGUGCAUCGCGGACGAGGUUUACGAGCGGUGCACCUUCGGCGGGUUCGACGGCGACGGGGGGCACGGCGACGGCGACGCGUUUCCCCGAAUGAUGGACUCGACGCGCAUGGCUGACCGAACGGUGACCGUCGGCACCGCGUCCAAGCUCCUGGCGCUGACGGGUUGGAGGGUCGGCUGGAUCACCGGCCCGCCCGCGGUGGUGGCGGGGGUGAAGACCAUGAAGUCGUACACCACGUUCUGCGCCCCGACGCCCCUGCAGCUCGGCGUCGCGGCGGCGCUGAACAAGAUUGCCGACGACGCCGAGGCUAACGGCGUCUCCGCGGUCACGUCCGAUGAAGCAGCCGCCGCGAUGGCCGAGAACGUCAGGGUGCUGUCCUCGGCGCUCACGGACGCGGGCCUGCGGGUGAUCAGACCGGACGGCGGGUACUUCCUCGUCACCGACGUGUCCGAUUUGGGGUUGACGUCGGUGGAGUACUGCAAGCGACUGGCGAAUGAGGCGAAGGUGGCGUCCAUACCGAUGGUUGUCUUUUACGACCCGGGGGCGGAUGGCGCGAGCGCGCCGGACAACUUCGUGAGGUUCGCGGUGUGUAAGAAGCCGGAGACGGUGCGGGCUUGCGCGGAGGCCAUCCGCGCCAACCCCGUGCGGGGCGAGUGAUCCCGGGGCGAUGGAUUCGGGAUUCCGUUCGGUUCUUCGUGUUCGUCGGUUGAUUGUCGUGUUGUCAACGCAGAGAUUGAUUGAUUGUCGUUG